AUGUGGGCUCACUUGUCUCUGUCACUGCUUUUGCUCUGCUUUCGAGCUACUAGCGUGUAUGGUGGUUCAAUCUCCGCCAGAGCAAAGAAUGGUACCAUCCAUCUCCGUUCUGACGGUACUCAUCCCGCCCAUCUGGUAAUCGACCAUGGUCAUGAUAUCAACGGCUUUACUACUUUUCAUAUCGUCGAAGCCUCUGGGAACACCUCUGCUUUCAGUAUCGCGCAUAGCGAGUCAAGAGCAUUGCUCGACAACUUACAGAGUGAUGGCCCCAUUGCAAUGGCCGCUGCUCAAAACACCUACCGAGUCCAACACUAUAACAUCUCUGCAUCCAACAUGACACACACAGACCGCUUGUUGCAAGGCGGAGUCAGAUGGCAGAUGCUCACUCUCGCUUCAGCAGGCGAUCUUGUUCUUUCGGAUGUGGGCAUGGUCCCUUCUUACUACACAGCUAAACCUCAGGGCUCUUUCGAGUGUUCAAAUGCAAAGUGGACCGACGUGUGGGACACUGGCGCGCGGACACUGGCAUUGAGUAUGGUCGCUGCUGAAUCCAUCCCGGAGUUAUGGCAGAUACUACCCGAGGGCGCUUUCAUCGAAAGCGCUGCCCCUCAACCCUAUGCUGGUUUACAGGCACAAUCACUGACUUCUUACGAGAUGGUGUUUGAUGUCCGACCUGUUUUGGGUGGCUUCAGUUUCAAGGUGCUAAGCGAUACACUCGGAAAUGGUAUUUAUAUCUGGGUCGACAUGGCCAAAUCUACUGUGAAAGCUUUCAGUGGAACAACAGAGGACGGCACCCUCCUCGCAACCGUUAACUUAACCAAGACAAGUCGAUCCACAAGAUCCUGGCACCACGUCUCUGCUUCUGUCAAUCUUUCACGCAUUAGUGUAUCUCUGGAUUAUACGCCGAUGCUCUCGUUCUCUCAGACUUCCAAGUUCUAUGGCUCUUUCGGGAUUGGUGCCGCAAAUGGUCAAUCCGCUAUUUUCACCAACCUGACGGUCACCUCCUCAGGUGCCGAGAUCUACACUUCGUCUUUGACAUCAAAUUCCACUCUGGAUGAUUUCUUAGUGGGCACUAAUCCGCUUAGCGGUAUUCUUGAUGGCGCACGUCGUGACAGAAUCGCAUACGCUGGCGAUCUAGACGUCGCGGCUCGAACAGUAACAACGAGUAGCCAUGCCCUCGAAUACGUCAACGAUACUAUUCGUCUCUUGAGCUCCAACCAGAUGACGGCAGGGUAUUUCGUACCUACCGUGAAGAUACAGCAAUCUCCAAGACAAGGACUCAUCGAUAUCAACCAGACAGGCUUGAUUGGAUAUUCUUUCCAACUUCUCAGCGCGAUGGGUGAAUACUAUAUGGUCUCUGGAGACGUCGUAGCUGCCAGAGCAUAUGCUCCAGCUGCUGUCCGCAUGCUCGAUUGGGCGGCAUCACAAGUUCUUGAGAAUGGCCUCUUCAACCUUACCGAUGCCACUUUUGGUGGUGACUGGAACUAUUACGACCCUUCCCAGUCUGGUGUAGUGACGAAGUUUAAUGUUGUAUACGCGCUUGCCUUGCAAGAGGUUAUGCCUAUGCUCGCUGCAGCUGAUGUGAAUACAUCAGUCUACGAGAAGACCCUCGAGACCCUCCGACAAUCUAUUGAUCGGCAACUGUACAACGAUAUCUUAGGCGGGUAUCUCGUUUCGGAAGCUCAACCACAUGGUAUUGCUCAAGACGCCAAUGCCAUGGCUAUCUUGGCAAACGUCCCUCAAGGCAAUUACACAAAGCUCCAAAUCUCACGCUCGAUGGCUCGUCUUCUGUUCGUCGAUCAUGGUGCUCUUCCGUUCUCCAACGGCACAACUGGCGUAUCCAAACUCAUCAGCCCUUUUGCAUCGUCAUAUCACCUACGUGCUGCAUUUGCUGCACAAGACGCAGAGUCUGCUACUUACCUGCUGGACCAUACUUGGGUACCCAUGACAUUGCGAAGCAAUGCCAACUACAGCGGCUGCUUUUGGGAGACAUUGACUCUAGACGGCAAACCUGGUUUGGGAGAUGCCACAUCGCUGUGUCAUGCAUGGUCAUCAGGUCCGACCGCAGUAUUGACCAGACACGUACUUGGUAUCCAAGCGGUGGCACCAGCGCACCGUGAAUGGCGUGUUGUACCUCAAUCUCUUGGCUUGCAAUGGGCUAGAGGCACUCAGCCUACGCCCUAUGGCAGUAUAACUGUUGACUGGCGGUAUGAUGGAGUAGGACUUCUCGCCAUGAGUGUCUUUUCGCCUCGUGGCACUAACGGAAUUGUGAAUCUGCCCAUACCGUCCGAGAAGUCGAACGCAACCGGCACAGUCGUCACACUGGUCAAUGGGCAACUAGUGUCCGGAUUAAGUUUCGCAGUUGUUGAUGGCGAGCCAUUUGAGCUAUUGCAGUAUCUCGCCUGA